AUGUCCUUUAAAGAUAGAGAAGACCCUUCCACUUUGGUUUUGUUUGACGUCGAUGGUACCUUGACUCCAGCCAGAUUGUUUGUUUCUGACGAAAUGUUGAAGACUUUGGCUGAAUUGAGAAAAAAAGUUGUCAUUGGAUUUGUUGGUGGUUCCGAUUUGGCUAAACAAGUUGAACAAUUGGGUCCAAAUGUGUUGCAAAACUUUGAUUAUUGUUUUAGUGAAAAUGGUUUGACUGCUUACAAAUUGGGUAAAAAGAUGGCCUCUCAGUCUUUUAUUGGCUGGCUCGGUGAAGAAAAAUACAACAAGCUUGUUAAAUUUGUUUUGAGAUACUUGUCUGACAUUGAUAUUCCAAUUAGGACUGGUACUUUCAUUGAAUUUAGAAAUGGUAUGGUUAACAUUUCCCCGGUCGGUAGAAAUGCUUCAACCAGUCAAAGAAACGAUUUUGAGGCAUACGAUAAGAUCCAUCACGUUAGAGAAAAAUUGGUUGAUGCUUUGAGAAAUGAAUUUAAGGACUAUGGAUUGACUUACUCAAUUGGGGGCCAAAUUUCAUUUGAUGUUUUCCCAACAGGAUGGGACAAGACUUAUUGUUUGCAACACGUUGAAGAUGAACAUUUCAAAACAAUCCACUUCUUUGGUGAUAAGACUUACAAAGGUGGUAACGACUACGAAAUUUACCAUGACCCAAGAAUCACUGGACAUGCUGUCAACUCACCCGAUGACACUAUUAGAAUUUUAGAUGAACUUUUCCACUUACAGCAAUAA